AGGAACCGCGGCGGGAGACGGCGGAGGCCCCUGGAGCUCGCCGCUCGGUUCGCCUCCUCGUUAGGAAAUGCCCUUCAAAGGAUUAUAUAAAACACUGCGAGUGCUGUGAUGUCUGAAACUGCGCAGAGGGGCUGCUUUCUGAAGGUGUCAAAGAUCCAGUUGGCCAUUGCAAGGGGUGAAACACACUGAUGCAAGAGACCUGGCAGUGGACUGAGAUGGAUUGGCUGUGACAACCUGUGACUGGUGGAGGGGGGGAGGGAGUGGGAAGAGUGAUGAUGAAAAGUUCCUGCCGAGCUGGCCUCCACCGGGAACUGCUGAAUUCUACAUCCUCCACCUUCUACCCAGUCAAACGAAUAUCUGGAAUGCACUUAAAGCCCUAUCUCAAGUUACAGAAGAAAGAGAGAUCUUUUGAAAUAAGCCUGGACUCUCCACGAAGCCCACCCAUGAGUGAACAGAGAUUGGCAAAAGAUGAAAAACCUAGGAAUCCGAAGCCAAACCUUUCACCCAACCCACCUCUUUGGAAACCACUGGGGAACCUCUCAACCAACACACUCUAUAGUAGGAACAGCAACCAAAGCCAUGUGGAAGCACCCAGGGUCAAAGAGAAGAGAGCUACCCCGCCUGCCUCUAUCCAUCAGGGGGAAGAGGAAGAGGGAUUGCUGGAUAUCUGGGCGGUUGUAAAGCCUGGGAACACAAAAGAGAAAAUAGCCUUUUUUGCAGCCCAGCUAUGUAGUGACACCCGAGUAUUUUCCAUGAAGAACAAAAGCACCUGGGACAUAGAUAGGCGAGCAACCAAACGCCGGAAAAAGUCACUAGAUAUCAAAAAGGCCAAGGUCCACUUGGAAAGGAUGAGAGAGACCAAUGCAAGAUGCUACCAGCCCGAGCCCUUUGCCUGUGGCAUUGAGCACUGCUCUGUACAUAAUGUGAAUGAUGGUGGGGAGGGAGGGUUCCCUGGUCGACCGUUAUCAGUUGUCGAGAUGGUUGCUUUCCUGGAGCAAAGAGCAAGUGUUUUGCUGGCCAGUUGCACCAGAAACUGUCCCAGUGCCUCUGCUGUGCCCAGAUUUGCCGGGCAACCUAAACCUUCCCCUCCUUCUGCUCCUGGAUUCUUUUCUGACUUCAGGGCUUGCGAGGUUCCGUCUGAAAAGCCACCCUGUGGCAGUCACAGUGUAGAGCAGCAGGCUGAGCCAGUGCGUGUCUUGGAGAUGGUUGCAAAGCUUGAAUCAGAGUGCCUGAGGCGCCAAAGCGAACGUGAAGCAGGGAGCUUGUCUAGAAAUAGUAGCUUCCGGCGGAAUGUAGGGCGAGUGCUGCUGGCAAGUGGAAUACUACCGGAGAACGAGUCUGACAAGGUAUCAUCUCUGGUCCUCCACCAAGAAGAAUGUAAUGGUGAGAAGGUGGGGUGGGGAUCGAAGCACAAUGGUUCAGUGGAAGAUAGUUUAUGGGAAGGUCCCUCUUCUGGCCAGUCUUCCUUUGAUGAUUCUCUUGAAGGCAACCAUGAUCUUAAGCAUGGGCAAGGAACCAUAUCCGUCAACUGGUAUGAUUCUCAAAACAUCACUGAGUCACAUCCCUCUAAGUAUUCAGAAGCUGUUCAGACAUCUCCACAUUUCUUAUAUAAAACAUCUUCAUCAACCGAACGCACACCAAAAGAAUCACUAGAUGUUCCUAAUUUGAAUGCAAGCGUCAGAGUGAGUGAAUCCCUGAAUAUUAGCAUAUCUGUCAGCAAGAUAGAUCAGAAUUGCAAAAAACCCCAAUCUUCUGAUUUGAGCUUUGGUGAAGAUUCUCUUCCAGGAAGACUUUUCUUGCUUUUAUCCAAAUGUGAAAUCUCCCAAGAGUGCCUGCAGUCAGUGGAGACCCCCACGGAGGAAUGUCCAGCAGGGACCCAAGGAAAGGAAGCUUCCUCUGCUGACCAAGUUUGUAUGAGAAGCCAUGUUUCAGGUGACUGCCCUGAUGUUUCCUCAGAUAAUGCACUGCAGAUCCUUGACUCAUCUCAUCUAAAGAGGCAAAGGUCUCAUGACUUUUUGGAAACCAGGUUUAAGAUCCAGCAACUUUUGGAGCCGCAGCAAUAUCUGGUCUUCCUGCCCCACCACAUUAUGGUGAAGAUAUUUGGCUUAUUGCCCACCAAGAGUCUGGUGGCCCUCAAAUGCACUUGUGGAUAUUUCAAAUUUAUCAUUGAGUACUACAAUGUCAGGCCAGCAGAUUCACGCUGGGUUCGUGAUCCACGCUACAGAGAAGACCCUUGCAAACAGUGCAAAAAGAAGUACACCAAGGGUGACGUCUCGUUAUGUCGGUGGCACCCCAAGCCCUAUUGCCAAGCUUUACCUUAUGGGCCCGGGUACUGGAUGUGUUGUCACAGGUCCCAAAAGAAUGUCCCCGGAUGCAAGUUAGGCCUUCAUGACAAUCAUUGGGUCCCCGCCUGCCAUAACCUUAAUCGUGCGAUUCACAAGAAAUCCAGGGAAAUAGAUGAGGACUGUUAGCACAUUCUGCACAUCGUUUGGGAGCCUCAAUCAUGGGUAGGAGGAGAAUUCCAUGCCUUGUGAUGUUUACACUGUGUAUAUUUUGUGGGUGGUUUUUUUCCCCCUCUUCCACAGGGCUACAAAACUGCACAUACUUUCAAUCACAAAGGCCUUUUUACCUUUUAGAGAAAAGAUUGUGUUUAGCCCACCCGUGUACAUAGGUGCUCUAGAAUAGCUUCAUCUUGGGUGUCUGACAGCCAGUUGACCAACAUCAAAGUGCUGCAAUGCAGCACCUCGAGUGUUUGCGGCUACAGUCCUGUGUUUUAAAAGUGUCUCAUUUUCAAAUCUGUAUAUCGUGUAUAAAAUAUACAUUUAUAUAUAUAAGUAUAUAUAAAUAUAUAUUAACAUUGUUUCUGAAAAGAAACUCUAAAUAUGUAAAAAAGAAUCAAUCUCUGAAAAGGAUGGUUUAACUGGACAACCUUAAAACUAGACUAGAACACAUAUGCAGUAGGUUAUGUUUGAGGGUGGUAGCAGGAAAAAGAAGACUUUUGUUGUCACAGAACUGGAGAGCUUUGGUCUAUUGCAUCCACUUUACCUUGGGUUUUUUUUUUACUUAAUAAAAUGUGCAUUCUAAA